GAUUGUGUCUGGGGACGCCCCUUGCUGCCGGGGGUCUGUGGAGAAAGCAGCCCUGGAGCAGUGCAGGGGGGCUCCAGCAGAGCUGGCACCAUGCGGGAUUGUGGGGCAGAGGUCCUGGUGAGUGGUGCCAGCCUGGCACUCUCCAUGCCAGCCUUGGCUGCCCUGCAGUGCUGCCGGGACAAGGCAGGCAGCUUCCCCCAGGCAUGGGUACUUGUGCCCCAGGAGAAGCCCCAGCAGCAUCCCCUUGGUGGACACAACACCAGCAGCCAGGCUCAGCCUCCUGCCUCACCCUGCAGCCGGGGGAAGCAGGGCGGGCAGUGUGUGGGGCUGGCAGUGCUCAGGGUCCAGCAGCCCUGCUCUGUGGCUGGCUCUGGGUGCUGAGACUGCAAGGUAGGCAGCACUGGCCCGGGUGCAGGCUAAUGUCAUUGGAGUAGGGGGGCUCAGCAGUGUGGCAGCCCCUGACUUGGCACCCGGGGCCCCCCCGCUCUGUGGAUUUCCCAGGAUAAUCCAGUGUUGACAUGGCUCAGGGCGGGGAUGGGCAUUCUAGAUGCGCAGCCGCGGAGCUGCCCAGAGCCCUGCCUGCCUGCACUGGGACCCCAUGCUGACAAGGGGUACUCACCCCCCUGGCAGCAGCACUGACCCAGCCUGGGACCUCCAUAGCAGGCAAUGGGGCUGAGCAACCCCCGGCCCCGGGGGGCUGCAUGGGACUGGGGCAGCCCACAGCUGCCCCAGGGCUGACACCUGCCCUCACAGCACCAUGCUCGCCAACGCGGCCACCAUGCGGAUCCUCAUCAAGGGGGGGAAGGUGGUGAACGACGACUGCACGCUGGAGGCAGAUGUCUACAUUGAGAAUGGCAUCAUCCAGCAAGUCGGCCGUGAGCUCAUGAUCCCUGGUGGGGCCAAGGUCAUUGAUGCAACUGGCAAGCUCGUCAUCCCGGGCGGCAUUGACACCAGCACCCACUUCCACCAGACCUUCAUGAAUGCCACCUGCGUGGAUGACUUCUACCAUGGCACCAAGGCAGCCCUGGUGGGAGGGACGACGAUGAUCAUCGGCCACGUCCUGCCUGACAAGGAGACCUCGCUGCUGGACGCCUAUGAGAAAUGCCGCAGCCUGGCCGACCCCAAGGUCUGCUGCGACUACGCUCUGCACAUGGGCAUCACUUGGUGGGCGCCCAAGGUGAAGGCAGAGAUGGAGACGCUGGUGCGGGAGAAGGGGGUGAACUCCUUCCAGAUGUUCAUGACCUACAAGGACCUGUACAUGCUGCGGGACAGCGAGCUCUACCAGGUCUUCCGAGCUUGCCGUGACAUCGGUGCCAUCGCCCGGGUCCAUGCCGAGAAUGGCGAGCUGGUGGCUGAGGGAGCAAAGGAGGCGCUGGACCUGGGCAUCACGGGGCCGGAGGGCAUUGAGAUCAGCCGACCCGAAGAGCUUGAAGCCGAGGCCACACACCGUGUCAUCACCAUUGCCAACAGGACCCACUGCCCCAUCUACCUGGUGAACGUCUCCAGCAUGUCUGCAGGGGAUGUCAUUGCAGCCGCCAAGAUGCAAGGGAAGGUGGUGUACGCGGAGACGACCACAGCGCACGCCACGCUCACCGGGCUGCACUACUACCACCAGGACUGGUUCCAUGCUGCUGCCUACGUCACCGUGCCGCCGCUGCGCCUGGACACCAACACCUCUGCCUACCUCAUGAGCCUGCUCGCCAAUGACACGCUGAACAUCGUGGCCUCCGACCACCGGCCCUUCAGCACCAAGCAGAAAGCCAUGGGCAAGGAGGACUUCACCAAGAUCCCCCACGGCGUCAGUGGGGUGCAGGACCGCAUGAACAUCAUCUGGGAACGUGGUGUGGUUGGGGGCAAGAUGGAUGAGAACCGCUUCGUGGCAGUGACCAGCUCCAACGCUGCCAAGAUCCACAACCUGUACCCCCGCAAGGGCCGGAUCAUCCCCGGGGCAGAUGCCGAUGUUGUGGUCUGGGACCCCGAGGCCACCAAGACCAUCUCGGCCAGCACCCAGGUGCAGGGAGGGGACAUCAAUCUCUACGAGAACAUGCGGUGCCAUGGCGUGCCCCUGGUCACCAUCAGCCGUGGGCGUGUGGUCUACGAGAACGGUGUCUUCAUGUGUGCUGAGGGCACUGGCAAGUUCUGCCCACUCCGCUCCUUCCCAGACUCCGUCUACAAGAAGUUGGUGCAGCGGGAGAAGGUUCUCAGAUCGAUGACCACGUUCCAAAGCGAGCUUCGGCCCGGAUUCUCGCUCCCCCCGGAGGCCGGUCGAGCGGCAUUUGGUAAAGCCGGGGACAUGUCCCCCAACUGAGGACCAGGUGCCGUCCCCAUGCUGUACCCCCGCCGGGACCCCGGCUCUGGUGGGGCUCCCCUUGCACCGGGGGGGCCCUGCCUGGCCCCCGUCCUGCCGGCGGGGCCGUGCCAGCAACGUGAGCCGACAGCUGGGUGCGGUGGGCCAGGGGGCCACGGCCCAGCCGGCGGGAGGGGAUGGGGCAGUGGGUGGGUCUGCCCUGGCCCUUUUCUGUUUGCACGUUGGGUUUGGAUCAGUGAAUUUUUGACUUGUUUGUGCAUCACGUGGAAAUACUCUGAAGUGGUUUGUGUCACUAGCGUUAGGGGAGAAGCAGGGACCCCCCCCCUCCGCCCUUCCCACCCCCGGGCUGCCCCCACCCCCCUCCCUGCUCUGGCCCCCUGUGGGAUGCCCAGGCCCAUCCCACGCCGGGGCAGCCAGCAGCCAGCAUGCACACGCCUGCACCAGCGUGGGGCUGACAGCUGUCCGCUGGCACACACGUGUGCAUCCCACCAUGUGAGGUGCUGGCAGGCUUCUCACUGCGGUAUGUGUGUCCACAUGUGUGUGUAACACCAAGCGUGGUCUGAGAUGUUCAUAGCACACGUGUGCCUCCCUUUGUGCAAGGUGCUGGCAGGCUCCUCACUGCCAUGUGUAUGCGCACACGUGUGCCACACCAUGCAUGGUCUUGGUGAGAUAUUCAUUGCACACACGUGUGCACACGUGUGCAAGGUUCUAGCAGGCUCCUGACCACUCUGUGUGUGCAUGCUCAUUGCACAUGUGUGCACACAUGUACUCCUCAGCAGGUGUCCAUGCACGUACACACACGUCCCCAUCCCUCUGUGCACGAUGGCAGCACCUGUUUCAUGCCAUGCCAGGACCCCUCCACGUCCCACUGCGGUGCUGCCGAGGACCCUGAGGCUGGUGACACUCCCGUGCACCCACAGUGGGCACAGGUCGGGGUCCCUGUGGCCGCAGCAGAGCGGGGUCCCCACCCAUGUCCCCCGCCAUGCACUGGUGCUAUCCGGUGGGUGCCCCCGCCCCACUGCCCCCUCCCCAGCCAUGCCCCGUGGUGGUGUCAGAUGUGAGUUGUCCCUUGUGCCCUGUCCCCCUAGUUGGUCCCUGUAGGUGUGUGGGGGGGCCGGGUGGGCGCGGGGGUCCUGCCCGCCCCUGGGUAGUUGCAUAUUGGCCGUUUUUAGGAACCUGCAGUACAUUUCUGUUUGCUCAUUAAAGACAGUUCU